CGUCGAGGGAAAAAGGUUUAAGAAAAGGCCAAAAAAGCUUAAGCUGCAACAAGUAAAGUGGUCUAGUCGACAGACCGAAGAAACUCAUCAAAGUAAUACUAGUAAAAUUUGUGGAUUUGAUUGAAAAUCAUAAGCCCUGUUUUGUUUCUUACUAGUUGAUCAUACAUACAUACAUAUCGAAACAAGUUAAGUUAUAGAGAGGGAUGGAGCUUCAGAAUACAGUGAAAGAAGCCCUAAAUGCACUCUACCAUCAUCCCGAUGAUUCUAUUCGAUUGCAGGCCGAUCGUUGGCUCCAGGACUUUCAACGCACUCUCGAUGCUUGGCAGGUAGCUGAUAAUCUACUUCAUGACAGUAGUAGUAAUCUGGAGACCCUGAUAUUUUGUUCUCAAACAUUGAAAAGCAAGGUCCAACGGGAUUUUGAAGAAUUACCCUCUGAAGCUUUCCGUCCUCUUCGAGAUUCAUUAAAUAGCUUGUUAAAAACUUUUUCGAAGGGCCCACCAAAAGUUAGAACCCAGAUUAGUCUUGCUGUUGCUGCUUUGGCUGUUCAUGUCCCUGCAGAAGAUUGGGGCGGUGGUGGUAUUGUAAUCUGGCUCAGGGAUGAGAUAAAUACUCAUCAUGAAGUCAUACCAAGUUUUCUAGAACUACUCAAAGUCCUACCGGAGGAAAUUUUCAACUAUAAGAUAGCUGCUCGUCCUGAUAGGCGUCGACAAUUUGAAAAAGAACUGGCUGCUGCGAUCGAGGUUGCUCUUAGCAUCCUGACUGCUUGCUUGAAGAUCAAUGAAUUUAAGGAGCAGGUUUUAGAGGCAUUUGCCUCUUGGCUUCGGCUAAGGCACAGAAUCCCUCCGUCUACACUUGCUUCACAUCCAUUGGUGCUAGAAUCUCUCUCUAGUUUGAAUUCUGACUACCUAUCUGAGGCACCCGUCAAUGUCAUAUCCGAAUUGAUUCAUUACACGGCUGCAAGGAACCUAGAUGGAAUAUCUGCACAGAUGCCCUUAAUUCAAGUUCUUGUGCCACAAGUGAUGAAUCUUAAGUCACAACUUAGAGAUCCUGAAAAGGAUGAGGAAGAUAUAAAGGCCAUUGCUCGUUUAUUUGCAGACUUGGGUGAUUCAUAUGUUGAACUAAUUGCAACCGGAUCAAAUGAUUCAAUGUUGAUAGUGCAUGCUCUACUAGAAGUUACUUCACAUCCGGAAUAUGAUAUUGCUUCAAUGACUUUUAACUUCUGGCACAAUCUUCAAAUUAGCUUGAUCGAAAGGGAUUCUUAUUUAUUUCUUGGAACUGAAGCUUUAGUUGAAGCAGAGAGAAACCGUCGGCUGCAAUUUUUCCGUUCAUCAUAUGAGUCGCUUGUAUCCUUGGUUAGCUUCAGAGUUCAGUUUCCCCUUGAUUAUUCAGAUCUUUCGAAGGAGGACCAAAUGGAUUUCAAACAGACAAGAUAUGCGGUUGCGGAUGUCUUAAUUGAUGCUGCGCUAGUUUUAGGAGGAGAGGCGACACUGAAAAUUUUGUACGUGAAGCUUGUUGAGGCUGUAAAUAGCUGUCUUAACGUUGAAAGUAGUGACUGGCGUCCUGCAGAGGCUGCUUUAUAUUGUAUCCGGGCUAUAUCGGAUUAUGUUUCUUUUGAUGAAGCUGAAUUCAUGCCCCAGAUAAUGGCUUUGCUACCUAAACUUCAAAAUCAGCCUCAACUACUCCAUACAGUAUGCCUAACAGUUGGUGCUUAUUCGAAAUGGCUUGACACUGCUCCCAAUGGAAUGUCAUUUAUUCCCUCUGUCAUAGAAGUUCUUGUCAAUGGCAUGAGUGUAUCUGAAGAUUCUGCAGCGGCUGCAUCUCUGGCAUUCAGGCAUAUCUGUGAUGACUGUGGGAAAAAACUUUGUGGAUCCUUAGAUCAUCUCUUCCAAAUAUACCAAAGGGCAGUGGUCGGAGAAGGUACAUUCAAAUUUUCCGCUGAAGACUCAUUGCACGUGGUUGAAGCUUUGAGUAUGGUUAUUACAGAACUUCCUGCGGACCAGGCUAAGAAAGCCCUCGAGGCAUUGUGCAUGCCAGCAGUUAUCCCAUUACAGGAGAUCAUUAAUCACGGGCCUGAAGUACUGGGGCAAAAACCUUCUCGUGAAGUAACAGUCCACAUAGAUCGGCUUGCAAAUAUUUUCAGAUAUGUGAAUCACGCGGAAGCCGUUGCUGAUGCUAUACAUAGGCUUUGGCCAAUCUUCAAAGCCAUAUUUGAUAUUCGUGCUUGGGACACACGGACAAUGGAAUCGCUUUGCCGGGCAUGCAAACAUGCUGUGAGAACUUCUAAAAUUUAUAUGGGGGUUACAGUUGGUGCAAUGUUGGAGGAGAUACAAGGAUUAUACAGCCAACAUCAUCAAUCCUGUUUCCUUUACCUCUCCAGUGAAGUUAUAAAGAUAUUUGGUUCGGACCCUUCUUGCGCAAGCUACUUGAAAAGUUUAAUUGAAUCGCUGUUCAGUCACACAACAUGUCUGCUUACUAGAAUUCAGGAUUUCACUUCCAGGCCAGACAUAGCGGAUGAUUGCUUUUUGCUGGCAUCAAGAUGCAUUCGCUAUUGUCCCCAGAUAUUUUUCCCCUCUGCGAUAUUUUCACCAUUAGUUGAUUGUUCCAUGAUUGGUGUUACCGUGCAGCACAGGGAAGCCUCCAAUUCAAUACUAAGUUUCUUAUCUGAUAUUUUCGAUCUUGGAAACUCUAGUGCGGGAAAACAAUACGUUUCAAUAAGGGAUAGUGUAAUAGUUCCUCGAGGAGGCACUCUGACCAGAAUUUUAAUCGCGUUAUUGACAGGAGCUCUACCAAGCUCAAGAUUAGAAACGGUAAUGUAUGCUUUACUCGCAUUAUCCCGAGCAUACGGCGAGAAAACUAUCGAAUGGGCAAAGGAGAGCGUUACUUUAAUUCCAUCAACUGCUGUUACAGAUAUGGAGAAGACAAAGUUUUUACAAGCACUGUCGAACGCAGCAUCUGGUGCUAAACUUGAUAUCAUUACUAUCCCUAUAGAAGAGCUGUCAGAAGUAUGCCGACGCAACAGGACAGUACAUGAGAUUGUUCAAGGAGUUUUGAGACCCCUUGAGCUGCAUAUAUAGGCGAUGUGUCAUAGUGGAAAGGCAUAUAUAUAGAAGGCCAGAUUUUUCUUGGGCGUGGUCUAUUCAAAUUAGUUAAUUAUCUUGUUGUGCAUUUGUUUUUAUUAUAUUUCCUCCAUCAGUUGUCAUCAUUAGUCAUUUCAGCAUUUUUUUUUUGUGGGGUGGGGGUUUAAGGUAGUUAGAUAGAUCCUAGCUGGAUUCACUCCAGUUAUAGUUGGGUUUUGGCGUUCGCCAUUCUUUGGACCUAGUGUCUUUGUGCUGGUCUGAUUUCUUCUUCUAUAUUUCACAUGUAUCGGUGAUUUGUAUCUGCACCAGUAACUAUACAGGAAAAGUUCAGCUAAAGAGUUAUGCAAACUACAAGUUAGACAA